AUGGAAUUUGGAGUUGACAAGUGCGCGGUUAUGCAUGUAGAGCGAGGAGAGAUUAUGGAAUCUGACGGAUUACAACUUUCAGAUUCCAUAAACUUUAGAUCACUGUCCGCAAACGAAUCAUACAAAUACUUGGGUGUGUCGGAAGCGUUAGGCAUCAAUGUGACCGACAUGAAACAAUCACUGCAGGAGCGUUUCUUUGGUCGCCUGAAAAAAGUGCUCAAAAGUCUUUUGUCGGGUGGCAAUAAGGUUCGCGCUUUCAAUGGUUGGGUCAUGCCGGUCUUGAUGUACUCUUUCGGCAUACUCAAGUGGACUCAAAAAGAACUAGACGCCUUGGAUAGGAGAGUCCGUGUCCUGCUGACUGCAUAUCGGAUGCAUCAUCCUCGGUCUUCGGUGAUGAGAUUGUAUAUCCCACGGAGAUGUGGUGGCCGAGGCUUUUUAAAUGCCAAGACCCUACAUAACCGUGAAGUAUACAAACUCAGGGAGUAUUUUCUCCACACUGACUUGGAUAUGCACCGAGAUGUAGUUACAAUGGACAAGGGGCUAACUCCGCUCUCCUUAGGCAAAGAGAACUGGCGCACACCCGUAGUACUAAGUACUGAGAAUCGCAAGGGGGUAUGGAAGAGCAAGGAGUUACAUGGACGCUUCUAUCGGGCCCUUCAUGGACCCGAUGUGGACUUUAUGGCGUCCGUUUCUUGGCUACGGUUCGGUAACCUAUUCGGUGAAACCGAAGGUUUUGUCUGUGCAAUUAUGGACGAAGUUAUCAUGACGAACAAUUACCGGAAGUAUAUUGUGAGGGAUGGCACGGUGGACAUAUGUCGGGCGUGUCACACUCCGGGCGAAUCCCUUAGACAUAUUAUUUCCGGUUGUUCUCGUCUUGCUAACGGAGAGUAUUUGCACAGGCAUAAUCAAGUGGCCAAGAUUAUCCAUCAACAACUUGCACUUCGAUACGAUCUUGUGGUAUCAGAGGUACCAUACUACAGGUAUGUGCCCGACCCAGUUCUCGAGAAUGGUCGUAUCACACUGUACUGGGACCGAUCUAUAAUCACUGACAGGGCUGUUGUCGAAAUCAAGCCUGAUAUAGUGGUGAUAGAUCGGUCAGAGCGCCGCACGAUAAUUGUUGACGUCACCAUCCCUCAUGACGAGAAUCUCGUGAAGGCUGAGAAAGAUAAGCAAAUAAAAUAUCUCGACUUAGCUCACGAGGUUGUCGACAUGUGGGAUGUGGAUACAGCAGUUAUUGUGCCAAUAGUCGUUUCAGCGAAUGGCCUAAUGGCCAAGAGCCUCGACCAACACCUUAAGAGGCUCUCGUUAGGCAGCUGGGUCAAGGGCUUGAUGCAGAAGGCAGUACUCCUCGGCACGGCACGUAUUGUGAGGAAGUUCCUCUCUCUGGAGCCCUGA